AUUAAUAAGAAUAUCAAUAAAAUUGUUAAACAAAUUGUACGAAUGAAUUUAUUUUUACUAAAACGACAGAAAAAGCUAUUCUUAUUUCUAUUCAUUUUUCGACACGAGAUAUGAAACAAUCUACAGACCAGCAGGAUAACAACAAAACGCUUCACCAUUCAGCAGACGACGUUGCGAUUGAAGAUAUUUCAGAUAUAGAUCUAAGUGACAAAGAAAUGGAUUCCACAGAUGAUUCAAAAGUAAAAGAAAUAAAAGAAAACACUGAAAAAGAAAAUGAUGAAUCGAAAGAAAAAGAAAUGAAAGAAGAUUUGCCAGCAAUAGAACCUGAAAACCCAGAACAAGAAAAAGACGUAGAAGUGAAUAAGGAGCAGAAAGAAACAAAGGAAAAAGAAGCCGAUAAAAAAGAAGAAGAAAUGCCAGAGGCAACUAAGGAGAUUGUAGAGCAAGAGAAAGUAAAAGAGCCUUCAAGCGACGAAACCUCAGCUGAGCAUGAACGCGAUAAACCUAUAAACAAACCUUCCACACCUACUGCUCCACCGCCGGCCGACGCUCUACUGUAUCCAGUUUUACAGGAGCAAGAGAAAUUAGUUAAAGAGAUUGAAAUCAAAGAAGGAAACACCAAGGUUCAACCUGUUGAAGAAAAUUUUUGGAUUGAAAAUAAUUAUCGCAAAGUUGUACGACGAAUAGAGGAUGGUUCUAAAACAUUGGAAGAUUUGUCUAAAAUGAUCCACGAAAGGGCUGAAAUUGAAAAUUUAUAUGCGACUAAACUUAAAUCAUGGCAGAACAAGUGGUUCGAAGUUUCCAACAAAUCCUUCGAAUAUGGGACAUCAUUUUCAGCUGUCAUCGACGGGCUAAAAGAAGGAGUAUCGUUAGCAGAUCUCCAUUCAUCAGUUUACACGAGGCUUGAAGGUCUAAGUAAAAGUAUUCAAGAAUGGAGAAAUGAAGUUUACCCAAAAACGCUCACAAAAAUAAAAGAAGCAAAAAGAAGCGAAGAAGCUUUUGCUAAAGCUCAAAAGCCUUGGGUUAUAAAAUAUAACGAAGCUAACAAAUGUAUGAAAGCCUACCACUCCGCCAAUCAUCUUUGGGGACUUGCAAAAACAGAAGAAAAAAGCUCUACUGAAUUAACACCUGAACAGAAGUCAAAACUUCAAACAAAAGUUAAAAAAUUAGAACAAGAGAUUGACGUCAAUAAAGAAAAGUAUAAAGAAGCUUUACGAGACAUCAGCAAUUAUAAUCCUAAAUAUAUGGACGACAUGCAGUACGAGUUUGGAAAGUGUCAGAAGUUUGAAGAAACAAGAAGAACAUUUAUUAAGGAGAAGUUGAUUGCUCUACAUGCAUGCUUGGAUCGCACCAUUUUUAUUGAAAACUAUAAAGACAUCUACGCUGAGUUAAGUUUAGUAUACCAAAACAUACAUAUUCAAAAUGAUUUAAAUUGGUACCAGCAAAGUUAUGGUAUCGACCAUCCGUUUGUGACGCUGUCAUAUGUUGAGUAUGAUCCCGCAUUGCACAACCCGCACGAAACCCCUGCAAAUGGUCAAACAAACCAGAGAGCAACACUUUCACCAUCAUCGAAACAAAAAAAAAGUGGCGUUUGCACAACUUUAUAAACAAAGGCCUUCCUAAUGCUGAAAGCAGUUACUGUGAUCUGGUCCUGAUUUUGACGCGUUCUUAUGCAGAACUUAAAGUGAAUAAGUGAAGGCGUAUAAAGCAAUUCUUCCUUAACGAUAGUUUUAACAACUUCGAUCCCAAAGUCUCUUUGCAUCAGUUGCACAACAACAAGACAAAAAGUUAAUGCUUUCGUAUUGUAUGAAGAAUUAUUUCAUUUCUAUUUUAACAAUAGAUUUUGGUUAUUUUUUA